AUCAUUCAAACAGAGAACUAACGACUAUAUAUGUAGGGUACUAGGUAGAUGAAGUUCUUCAAGUGAAGACCAAUACACUAUGAAACAAAUGGGUGGUGGUUCCCUAUUUUCUCUUCACAUUAUUGUUUCAUUACUUUUCCUUUUCAUGUUCUUGCUAGAACCGGUCUAUGGAACCAAAAAGUGUUAUAUUGUGUACUUGGGAGCACAUUCUCAUGGUCCUAACCCUACAUCUCUUCAACUUGAAAUUGCUACCAAUUCUCAUUAUGAUUUACUAAGUUCAACUUUGGGAAGCCGGGAGAAAGCGAAAGAAGCAAUCAUUUAUUCAUAUAACAAACACAUCAAUGGCUUUGCUGCUCUACUUGAAGAGGAACAAGCAACAGAUAUUGCAAAAAAGGCAAACGUAGUGUCUGUGUUCUUGAGCAAAUCUCAUAAACUGCAUACUACUCGGUCAUGGGAAUUUCUUGGACUGCACCGAAAUGGAAACACUGCAUGGCAAAAAGGAAGAUUUGGUGAAAACACAAUAAUUGCAAACAUUGACACUGGUGUUUGGCCGGAAUCCAAGAGUUUCAGCGACAAAGGAUUUGGCCCUAUACCAUCAAAAUGGCGUGGCGGCAAAGCCUGUCAAAUUAGACAAUUUGAAAAAUUCAAGAAAAAUCCUUGCAACAGGAAGCUAAUUGGAGCCAGAUUCUUCAGCAAAGCUUAUGAAGCAUAUUAUGGCAAGCUCCGUCCAUCCUUACUUACCGCACGCGACUUUGUAGGCCACGGAACUCACACUCUAUCAACGGCUGGUGGAAACUUUGUUCCAGGUGCAAGUAUAUUUGCUAUUGGCAACGGUACUGUAAAAGGUGGUUCGCCAAGAGCUAGAGUUGCAACCUACAAAGUAUGUUGGUCUCUAACAGAUGCUGCUGACUGCUUAGGUGCUGAUGUGUUGGCUGCUAUUGAUCAAGCCAUUAGUGAUGGUGUUGAUAUAAUCUCACUUUCGGCUGCUGGCCAGUACCUUGUUAAUCCCGAAGAUAUUUUUACCGACGAGGUUUCAAUAGGUGCAUUUCAUGCACUUUCUAGAAAUGUAUUAUUGGUUGCUUCUGCAGGAAAUGAUGGACCAACACCAGGAAGUGUUGUGAAUGUAGCUCCAUGGGUAUUCACAAUUGCUGCAAGUACAUUAGACAGAGACUUCAGCAGUACUAUUACUUUUGGCAACAAUCAACAAGUGACGGGAGCCAGUCUUUUUGUAAACUUGCCACCAAACAAAGCCUUUACUUUGAUUCUUGCUACGGAUGGUAAGCUUGCCAAUGCGACAAAUCGUGACGCACGACUUUGUAGGCCUGGAACUCUUGAUCCUUCAAAAGUGAAGGGUAAUAUAGUGGAAUGUGUUAGAGAAGGGAAAAUAAAAUCAGUUGCUGAGGGUCAAGAAGCUUUAUCAGCGGGCGCAAAGGGAGUGCUUUUAAGAAAUCAACCUAAAAUUAGUGGAAGAACACUUCUUUCUGAGCCUCAUGUUUUGUCUACUGUCAACUCUAAUAAAGUCGUUCAUCGGAACUCAACACCAAAAAAGGAUUACCCCUCUACUGCCUAUGACAUAACUUCAAUGGACUCUAAAUUAAAAACAGGUACUACGGUAAGGUUUUCAGGAGCAAAAACUUUCUAUGGAAGAAAGCCAGCUCCAGUAAUGGCUUCAUUCUCAUCUAGAGGACCCAAUAAGAUUCAGCCAUCAAUACUCAAGCCUGAUGUAACCGCACCGGGUGUGAACAUACUUGCUGCCUAUUCACUAUCCGCAAGUGCAUCCAACUUACUAACAGACAAUCGCCGAGGAGUUCCAUUCAAUGUACUGCAAGGAACCUCUAUGUCUUGCCCUCAUGUGGCUGGAAUCGCGGGACUUAUCAAAACACUCCAUCCGACUUGGAGUCCAGCAGCUAUUAAAUCAGCUAUCAUGACCACAGCAACCAAACUUGAUAACACGAACAAGCCAAUUCAGGAUGCGUUUGACAAAAAACUGGCAACUCCAUUUGCUUAUGGUUCAGGGCAUGUACAACCUGAUCCUGCAACAGAUCCUGGACUAGUUUAUGAUCUAGGCAUUAAGGAUUACUUGAACUUCCUAUGUGCUUAUGGCUACAACCAACAGCUCAUUUCAGCACUUAAUUUCAAUGGCUCAUUUACCUGUUCAGGAUCACAUAGCAUAACAGACUUGAACUACCCUUCAAUCACAUUACCAAAUCUUGGUUUAUAUGCCGUUAAUGUGACUCGCACAGUCACCAAUGUUGGAUCACCAAGUACAUAUUCUGCAAAAGUCCAUUUGCCUGGAUAUAAAAUUGCUGUCGUACCUAAUUCCUUGAGUUUCAAGAAAAUUGGUGAAAAGAAAACAUUCCAGGUUAUUGUGCAGGCAACCAAUGUGACUCCAAGGCGGGAAUACCAAUUCGGGGAUUUGCAAUGGACUGAUGGAAAACACAUUGUAAGAAGUCCUAUCACAGUUAAGCGCAGAUAAACAAUCUCUACAAAACGCGUUUUGUCAUGAUAUAAGUUGGAAUAAAAAGUGUUGGUUGUAGAAUAUUUAUCAAUUAGACACCAACAGUAAGGUUUAUUUUAUUUUUGCGUGUUUUGAUCCAAUGUGAAGCAUGGACUGCUCGCGUUAGUUUCCCUUUGUUUUGUGUGUUUUUCUUGAAAUAAAAGUGGGUUGAAUCAUGUUUGAAGGGUAUGAGCAAUCAGCCUUUGAUGCUUUGAGGAGGUCAUGGCAUUUAUGAGAUGAAACAAGCUUGAUGAGGAAGAAAUUCAAGAAGGGAAUAUGCUUUGAGACAAAGUAUAAUUAUAAUGCAAAGAGGAAAUGUGCUUUGAAAAAAGGAAUAAUUCUAAUUCAGUGCAUUGUCUUUUCUUCUCUAGUAACUUCAAUAAUACCGAUCAUCUUUUUCCUAUAAAUGUGUCAUGCCCAAAGAAAUAAAUUCAGAAGAUUUUGGUUGAAAAGUUACAAUUGUGUAUUUGUGAGAUUAAACCUCUUUUUGGUUCUUGAUACAUUUGGCAAUUUAUGUGGAAGCACAUGUUAAUGUAUCUGAGUAUUAGGAUUUCAUGUUAUCAAUAGGUUGUGUGUUAUUCUG